CCGGGUCUUUCCGCGGGAAGUGGAAAGCUGACUUGAAGUCGCCGCCAUCUUUCGUUCGAAAUUCUUCACAUAUAUAUCAGGACAGGACGGCAUGAACUGCCGGCUAGAUAUUUCAGGAAGGGCCAGCCUACCUUACAAAUCCCCCGUUCGUUGAAAAGGUUCGGGAGGCAUUCCCAACGCAUUGGCGAGUUCAACUUUCGCUCAUAUCCCCGCUCACUCACGAUGCUGAACGACUCGGCUCCUGCCGGCUUCGUUGACGCACCUACUGUCAUCGCAGGCAGCGUUGCUGCCGCUGCCGCUGCAACGUCACUGAGCGCAAUGUCUAGCGACCAUAGCAACUCCGUGGUGUCAACGCUUGUGGAGGCAAAGACCAAAGCGCUGCAAAUUGCGUCGGUCGCAAUCUACUCGUCUCUGCUCUACAUCAACUCCUUCGUCCUCGCGGUCCUUCUGUACAACUGGCGGCUGACAUGGCCUUUCUUCGUGGUAUAUUGUGGCUGGGCAUAUCUGUUUGACUCGGGGACGCCGUUCACAGGGGGAACGGAUCGCAUGCGGUUCUUUAGGGAUUGGAGCUUUUGGAAUUACUUCGGGCAAUACUUUGAUGCCGAACUUGUGAAAACUGCCGAGCUGGACCCAACAAAGAACUAUCUGUUCGGUUACCACCCUCACGGAAUCUAUUGCUACGGGCUUCUUCCCAACUUCAUAAGCAACUACUCAAAUUUCUCGGGACAGUUCCCCGGCAUCAAAAUCCGCAUGACAACACUAGACGUCAACUACGUCAUUCCCCUCUGGCGCGAAAUCUCAAUGGCCCUCGGCGUCGUCUCAGUCGGAGCCAAAUCCCUCAAACACAUCCUCAGCAGAAAGGGCCCCGGCUGGUCGGCGAUGGUCGUUAUCGGCGGCGCCGACGAGGCGCUGCUCGCAUAUCCCGGCACCAGCGACCUGAUCCUGAACCAACGCAAGGGUUUCGUGAAGAUUGCAGUGCAGACCGGCGCGGCGCUGGUUCCGGUAUUCACGUUUGGAGAGAACGACCUAUAUUGGCAGGUUACGGAGACGAAUGCGCCCGAAAUCCGCAAAGUGCAGAAGCGCGUGGCGAAGAUCUUGACGUUUUCGAUUCCGUUGAUGUGGGGAAGUUUUGGGCUGUUUCCGAGGAAGACGAGGCUCGUGUCGGUUGUUGGCGCGCCGAUACAUAUCAAAAAACAAGACAAUCCCUCGCGGGAAUACAUCGCGGAGAUUCAUCAACAGUACGUGGAUGCACUGUUGAAGUUGUACAAUGACCACAAGGACCGGUAUGCGGUGGACAGGACGAGGGACCUGCGGAUAGUGCGAUGAAGAGUUAGAUUAAACGGGCGAAGUUAGAGGCGGCAUAUGGUUUUCCGUUUUUUUACUUGACAUGAUGGACUAGUCAUACUUGCGGCGUAUUUAUUUCUAUUGGUUCUCAAGUCCGUGCGCAAACAAAACUUUGCUGUGCGAAGUGCAAAGGGCUAAAUGCAAGGAACUCGUUACGGGGUAUAUUACGCUCAU